CCAGCUAAAAGAGAAGAAAAGGUCCUCCGAAGCUGUCCGUUGCCAUAGAAACACCUUAGCUUGGUUCCGACGGCAUCCGGGGGUGUAGUUGGCAAAGUGAAGCCGGAGGGGAGGACGACCUACUCUUCGAGUACCCUAGAACUGAUUCGCCAACAAGGGGGUGAUUGCAUUUCCAUGAGAUUAUAAUGUACCAAGAAAAUUAAAACUAACUAAAGAAGAAUGGAAGAAGGUCAACUGGAAGCCUCAAAUCUUCCUCCAGGAGCUUGGCCUUCUGAAGUGACGGUGUCAGUGACAGGAGAACCACCUAAUACUUCUGUAGAAGAAAAGGAAGAAACAGCCAAAGAAGCAGUCAUAGAAACCAGCCCAGAAAUCAUGAAGCCGCUAUCCAUUCUAGACGUGCUGAGGAUCUCUGCAGUUUUGGAGGACACCACAGACCAGCUCUCCAUUCUAAAUUAUAUCAUGCCAGUUCAGUAUGAAAAAAGACAAAGCAUCAGCAUGAAGGAUAACAAAGAAAUGCAUUUAGAAGGAAGAAGCUCAGAAAAAGUUCCACUGGCAUCAAACCCCUCAAAAAUAUCCAGUCCAUUGGUACAUAAAGAAGAACCCAAGUUGCCGGAAAUCAGACAAGGAGGCCAGUUUAACAAAGUGCAAGAUCUUAUCUUCAAAAAACCCACAAGGCAGACCAUAAUGAAUACAGAGACACUGAAGAAAAUUCAGAUUGAUAGGCAAUUUUUGAGUGAUAUAAUUACAGAAACUUUGGAGGAGUUGCAAGAAGAAGGCACUUUCACCAAUCUCCUGAAAGUUUUGGGCAAAGAGAGGGAAAGCAAAAUGCAUUUCUAUGAUAUCAUUGCCAGGGAGGAAAAUGGAAGAAAGAAGAUAAAAUCUCUUCAAAAACAGUUGCUUAAUGUCAAAAAAGAAAGGCAAGCUGAAGUACAGAAUCGGAAUGAAUAUAUUGCUCACCUCAAGGACCAGUUGCAAGAGAUGAAGGCAAAAACCAACAUGGAGAAUCGCUAUAUGAAGAGAAACACAGAACUGCAGAUUUCCCAGACCCAGAAAAAAUGUAGCAAAACAGAAGAGCUCUUGCUGGAAGAGAUUGAGAAGCUACGGCUGAAAACUGAAGAAGAGAACCGGAUUCAUGCCGAGAUUGAACUGUUCCUUAGAAAGGAGCAGCAGAAGCUUGAGGAGAAGCUAGAGUUCUGGAUGGAGAAAUUUGAUAAGGACACAGAAAUGAAACAGAAUGAACUAAAUGCCCUCAAAGCUGCUAAGGCCAGUGACUUAGCACACCUUCAAGAACUUGCAAAGACGAUAAGGGAAUAUGAACAAGUCAUCAUUGAAGAUCGUAUAGAAAAGGAGAAGACCCGGAAGAAGAGAGAACAGGAUGACUUGGAAUUGAGGAGCAUCAUAAAGCUCCAGGCCUGGUGGCGAGGCACUGUGGUACGGAGAGAAAUUGGUGGUUUCAAAAUGCCUAAGGACAAAGAUGACAGCAAGGAUGUAAAAGGAAAAGGCAAAGAGAAGGACAAGAGGAGAGGCAAGAAGUGACCGAGUUAUCUUUUCUGUUGGUGCUCUGGAGAUGGGAAGGAGGACCUGAACGGAGUUAAGAAAUAUCUUUCACAGAUUAACUCAUCUAUGGGUUGUUUCUUAUUUGGAUACGCCUAGCUGAGGCUUGGUUACACUAGGUCACUUUGCCUGCUAUACUAGUUUUCAAACCCUGAAUUAGGAUUAUACUGUGACUUAGGGCUUCUUCAUAACUUGAACCACCCCCCACCCCCCCCCC